AUGGCGGAUUAUGGAGAAAUGAUAAAGGGAGACAAACUUGUAUUAAGGGGGCUAAAGUUCCAUGGAUAUCAUGGGGUGAAGCCAGAGGAAAGGAAGCUGGGUCAGAAGUUCUUAAUAGAUAUUGAUGCCUGGAUGGAUCUUCGAGCAGCUGGCAAAUCUGACUGCCUGUCAGACACUGUCAGUUAUACUCAAAUAUACCGCAUUGUCAAGGAUGUUGUCGAGGGACCGCCACAGAACCUUCUGGAGUCAGUGGCUGAACUCAUUGCAUCUACUACUCUGGCCAAUCACCCGCAGAUAUCUACUGUUCGUGUCCAGGUUGGGAAGCCUCAUGUUGCUGUUCAAGGUCCUGUUGAUUACUUGGGUAUCGAGAUAGUCAGAUACAGAAGCACUGAAGCACAAAACUGA